GCUUCCCGGUGAAGCGCAAAAGAUCGAUCGACUCAUGGAGAAGUUUGCGAGUAGGUUCUGUGAAACGAACCCAAAUCAUGCAGAAGAACGUGAAAACAAAGAACGUGUUCCUAUCUGGUGCUUUACAAAGAAUUCUACUCGAUAAAGAAACAAAAAAGUCUCAUCAUUCACAACUAAAGAAAGCUUGCGAAACGGCUUUAGAGGAAAUAAACGCUGUUCAAGGAAAUGAAAAAUCUACAGGGAAUGUUUCUUCUGCAACUCUACCUCCACUACCUGGUCAGCAAACAUUCAUUACAGCAGAUCAAUAUUUUCUUCCUUUUGAGUUGGCUUGUCAAACAAAAUGUGCCAGGAUUGUCACCAUUGCACUUGACUGUAUACAAAAACUCAUUGCUUAUGGUCAUAUUGUUGGCGAUACACCAGACUCCAUUGAACCAGAGAGGCGUUUAAUUGACAGAAUUAUCGAGACUAUUUGUACUUGCUUUACCGGUAUAAAUACUGAUGUAAAUGUUCAAAUACAAAUUAUAAAGGCUCUUCUAACAGCUGUUACAUCAAGUACUUGUGAAGUUCAUGAAGGAACUUUACUUCAAGCAGUUAGAACAGUUUACAACAUUUACCUUGCCAGUAAAAGUCUUGUUAGUCAAACAACAGCAAAGGCAACACUGACGCAAAUGAUAAGUCUUGUGUUUCAGAGAAUGGAAAGUCAAGCUACUGAAAAUGGAAAUGAAGAAAAGGAUGAUAGCGAUAAUUUUAAAUCAGAAGAAAUCAGCAAAAAGGAGGAGAAAACUGACAUCAAUCCUUUACCAAAUGGUAAAAUCCAUCAUGGCGACGAUAAAAUUGAAGAUGUGAAUGAUAGCGUUCCUUCCACAGAGGUUAAAGAUAAGGAUGUUAUUGAUACAGUUAUCAUGAAUGAAGAAUCAAUGGUUGAAGAGAAGAGUGUAAAAGAUGUUGUUGAUGGUGUCAGUGAUGCUGUGAACGAUGACACAAAACAAGAUUUAGUCGAAACAACUGUUGACACUAAUGUCUCGGAGUCUGUUAGUAAAGAACAGCAUUUGAAUGACUCAGACGAGUUAAACAAUGCUGCUGUAGAUGACUUGCCUUCUAAGACUUCUGCAAAUGGCAAUACAAAAGACAAUAUAGAUGAAGAAAGUGAAGAAUCAGCGAAGAUUGCCAACGAUAAACAUCUCGAUGGAAGUUCAAAUGUUAAUGACGAGUCCGUUAAUGGCGAUUCCCCAAGUGUGGGCCAGGUACAAGAUGUUAGUGAUCCAUCUGAAUCCAACGUAAUCCCACCAAAUAGCGUUGAUGUUGAUUCAGAAGCAACGAGAAAUGACUCGACAACUAGCGAAGUUUCAGAGCCCAAGGAGGAUGAUGGGAAUGAAACUGCACGAAGUUCCGUCUCCGAGUCUCAGUCUGAUAUGCCCAGCGAGACGUCAAGUGAAGGCAAGCCACCUCAACAAAGAUUUUCUCAUAUCACCCAGAAGGAUGCAUUCUUAGUGUUUAGGUCAUUGUGUAAACUAUCGAUGAAACUGCUUGCGGAAGGACCGUUGGAUCCCAAAUCGCAUGAGCUCAGAUCUAAAAUUCUCUCACUGGAGUUGCUGUUAACUUGUCUACAAAGUGCCGGACCUGUUUUCCGUACUCAUCCAAUGUUUAUCAACGCUAUAAAACAAUAUUUAUGCGUCGCAUUAUCAAAGAAUGGCGUCUCAUCUGUUCCUGCUGUGUUUGAACUAUCGUUGGCAAUCUUUCUCACACUUUUGUCAUACUUCAAGACACAUUUGAAAAUGCAGAUUGAGGUGUUCUUCAAAGAUAUUUUCUUAAACAUUUUGGAAACGUCGACAAGUUCUUUUCAACAUAAAUGGAUGGUGAUGGGGACGUUAACUAGAAUAUGUUCAGACGCACAGACGGUCGUUGAUAUAUAUUUAAAUUACGACUGUGAAUUGGCUUUGUCGAAUAUCUUUCAAAGAUUGAUCAAUGAUUUGUCUAAAGUUGCCCAAGGACGUCAAGCUAUUGAAUUAGGAGCGACACCAGUUCAAGAACGCAGUAUUCGUAUCAAAGGUCUGGAAUGUCUCGUUUCUAUUCUUAAAUGUAUGGUAGAAUGGAGCAGGGAUCUUUACUUUAAACCUGAUUCACAGGUGGACGAUAAUUUUGAUCUGGUUGAUGGUGCACCAACAGUUUCUCAAAAAGGAAGCACCGAGGAGAAUGAAAACGGAGGGCCGGUGAUUUACAAUCUCAAAAACGGGGGUAGUCAGUCGUCUCUUAAUAGUACAAAAGCCAUCGAUAAUGCUGAAGAAUUUGAGAGUCUUAAACAGAAGAAGGAGACGAAAGAAAAGGGAAUUCAAUUAUUUAACAAGAAUCCAUCAAAAGGUAUAAAAUUCCUUCAAUCUGAAGGUCUCCUUGGUGAGACAGCAACCGAAGUCGCUCAGUUCUUACACACUGAUGAUACACUAGACAAGACUAUGAUUGGUGAGCUGAUUGGUGAUCCAGGACAAUAUGAACGGGAGAUAAUGUACGCCUAUAUAGAUCAGUUGGAUUUCACUGGUACCAAUCUUGUGCAAGCUCUGCGAUUGUUCUUACAUAACUUCCGGCUUCUCGGUGAAGCGCAAAAGAUCGAUCGACUCGUGGAGAAGUUUGCGAGUAGGUUCUGUGAAACGAAACCAAAUGACGAUGUGUUUGCUAGUGCAGACGCUGCCUACGUUCUGGCUUAUUCUAUCAUCAUGUUGACUACUGAUCUACAUAGUUCACAGGUUAAACGGAAGAUAACGAAAGAGCAGUACAUUCAAAUGAAUCGUGGUAUAAAUGACAGUAAAGAUCUUCCAUCUGAAUAUCUUGAAGCAAUUUAUGAUGAUAUUGCACAGAAUGAAAUCAAGAUGAAACAUACACCAAAAGUGAACAGUAGAUACGAUGCUACAUAUUUACAAAGUGAGAAACAUCGUCGUAUGUUGUAUUCUAUGGAAAUGGAGCAGAUGGCGGAAAACGCCAAAACACAAAUGGAAGACGUGAGUCAUAUUCAGACGGAUUUUGUCACGGCGACACAGAUUGGUCACGUGAAGACAAUGUUCAAGGUUGCAUGGAGUCCGUUUCUUGCCGCGUUCAGCGUCAAUCUACAAGACAACGACGAUCCUUCUGUAGCUUCAUUUUGUCUUGAUGGAAUCCGCUGUGCAAUACGAAUAUCUUGCAUAUUCAGCAUGCCUUUGGAAAGAGAUGCUUUCGUACAAGCGCUAUCCAGGUUCACUUUUCUUACUGCGACCAGUGGCACACAUAUUCAUGAAAUGAAAACGAAGAACAUCGAGACGAUCAAGACACUUCUUACCAUCGCUCAAACGGAUGGUAAUUACAUCGGGAAGUCUUGGCUCGAGAUACUGAAAUGCAUUUCCCAACUUGAAUUGGCUCAACUUAUCGGUACUGGUGUGAAAACGCGAUACCUUCACACGGCGUCCUGCGGUGUUACUAAUUCACCCACAGCAUUAACCGCAAACAACAAGACAUCUUAUGAUAUAACCUCAGGUCGGAUGCCUGUUGCCGCUGACUCGAAAAAAGCAGCUGGCUCACAGGAAGCCAUUGGGGAGACCGCUGCACAAAAUGUUGUCGUUGCAGUGGACAGAGUUUUCACGGGAUCAGUGAAACUGGAUGGUGAUGCUAUCGUCGAUUUCGUGGAAGGUUUACGUCAAGUCUCGGAAGUUGAGCUUUCCAAUCCUACAAUGAUACGUAUGUUUAGUCUGCAGAAGAUCGUAGAGAUUGCUUAUUACAAUAUGGGUCGUAUUCGGCUGCAAUGGUCACGAAUAUGGGCUGUGUUGGGAGAUCAUUUUAACAAGUGUGGUUGUAACCCUAAUGAAGAAGUUGCGUUCUUCUGUGUCGACUCUUUGCGACAAUUAUCCAUGAAAUUCUUGGAAAAGGGGGAAUUGCCAAAUUUCCGAUUUCAAAAGGAUUUUCUCCGACCCUUUGAAUACAUAGUGAAGAAAAACAGUUCUUCCACAAUUCGUGAUAUGGUCGUACGAUGUGUCACACAAAUGGUGCAUUCGCAAGCCGCAAACAACAAAUCUGGUUGGAAAAAUGUUUUCUCCGUUUUUCAUUUGGCUGCGUCCGAUCAUGAUGAAGGAAUCGUGGAACUCGCUUUUCAAACAACAGACUACGGAGUAGAGGAUGCUGGGAUAUCAGAGCAGGACAGAAUCUGGGUGAAAGGCUGGUUUCCAGUCCUUUUUGAGCUUUCGUGUAUCAUCAACCGAUGUAAACUAGAUGUCAGAACAAGGAUCUGCGAUGAAGCUUUGAGGCAGUUUAUUGAAUUACAGUCAGUUGGUCACAGGGAUGCUUGGACAAGUUUACUAUUGCUUAUGUUUACCAGAAUUCUUCGUUUGAACGAUGAAAGAGCAAAGGAAUAUUACUUAAAGAGGAGAUGCCUAAUUAUGGUGCUGUUGAUAGCGCAAACUCAGAUUCUGAAAAUCUUCAACAGGCAACAGCAGUUCUUCUGCAAGAAGAACAAAAGAAGACAGUCAUUGAAGAGUAUCGAGAUGCUACAAUUGUCAGUGACAGUCCAGUUUUUCGAGUUUAUGUGAACCACAUGGCAAGUGACUUUGCCAAUGACAUUUUGGGAAUUUACAAGAAUCACAGUAGUAAGUUGUGUGCUUGGUUCAGUGUAAAGUUUGAAAACGAAACUUCAGUUGGCAGUGGUCCUAUGCGAGAAUUUUCAGCCUAGUAAUGAAAAUGACUCUUAAUGGUUUUCCACUGGAUGGUGAAGAAAGGCCCAAAACUCUUGUUUUUGACGGAGAAAAUGACCAUAAAGUUCCUGUAGCCAACUCACUUUAGAAAAGUACAGGCUUCUGUAAGUGCAUUGGAAGAAUGAUUGCACAUUCUUUCCUACAUGCUGGAUCACCACUAUUUAGUUGUUGAUUAUUUGGUAUGUGACAAAGAUGAGAUUUCUUUAAUAGAAGUUGUGGAUAUACCUGACAUUGAUCUGAGGAUUGCAUUGAAUGAGUUGAACAGCCUUGGCAAAGAUGAAGCUCCUGGAACUGCAUUGAAGGAUGUUUUAACUCAGUACAGAGCUGAAGCUUCAAUUUUAGAUACAUCAUUCUCUGGUGCAAAUCUUCAUGUUAUUACCCAGCAAAUCAUGUUACAUGCUGUCCUUACCCGUAGAAAAUCAAAGUUGCAAAAUCUAGCUUAUGGAAUGAAUGAGUUUGGACUGGUUGAUUUCUGAAGAACACAAAGAUGUUGUUCAACCACAACUUUUUCCACAAUCAACUGCUUCUCUUAUUAAUAAAGACAAAUUAAAAAGAAUUAUUGAAGAAGAACUCCUUCCUUGUAAUCAACUGAUGUUGUUUUUGAAACAAUACAUUGAUCUAAUUGAUGGGACAACUAGUGGGGCAAAUCUUAAAGAUCUGUAGUCUUUUUGGACUGGGUGUAAUUUACUGCCUGCAAAUGGUGCAAUCCUGCAUCUCAAAGUUGACAGAACAAAAAGAUUGUAAUCUGCCCCCAGAAAGUAGAACUUGUUUUCAUUUGUUAGUUCUUCCAUGUCAUGAAAACUUUGAUGAAAUGAAAGCUAAACUGGAUAAAGCUUUGCAAUUUGGUUCAAGAGGAUUUACCAAUAUUUGAUCUUGGAACAGUUUAUACAUCUCUUUCAGCAAUAACAUAGCUUGUUGCAGCUAAUAUGGAUGAUGCACAAAAUUGAAAUAUUUUUAUUCUUUGUUUUGGAUAUCAUUUUUAUAGUUAAAGACUUAAAGUGAAUAUGUUAAUGUUUCAUUAAAUUUUGUUCUGGCAGUGCAUCAGCAUUUAUGUGCUAAAAAAUGUUUUCUGCUAAAAUGUUUGAAUAAUGAACAUAAUGAAAAAUUUAUAGCCUUCCUUGCCAUACAUAUCUUCUUUUGUAUUAUCUGAAUUGACACCAACGAACAAUAAGUCAAGUCUUAUAGAACUCAAUGUUUACGAGUCACGAAUAAUGUUGCGUCAUCAUAAUGGGAUGUUCAACAACAAAAUGAGUUUUAACAGAAAUUGUACAGGACAAAAUCCGAUUAUGAAAUUCCAGAAUGGAAUAUGAUCAAGACAAAAUGCGCAUGAGUAAUUGAAAAUAUAGCUAUUAAUUUUGGAGGAGAUGCGCUCUCUUGGUGUUUUUUCCCUUACUGGUACCACUAAUCUUUUAAAUUUGCCUACUGAGACUCAACUACAAUGUGUUUCUCAUCUUUACUACACAUCUGAGAUAAGCAUUACCUUAUUUUCAUUACAUUCUUUACUCUUGUGUCUGCAGUGUUUUUUUAACACAAGUAAUUAUAAUUCCGUGUAGUUGGAGUUUGAAAAUUAUUAAUAAUUUACAAUGGUUUAUUAAAUAA